UCGUUGGUGAGGCUUUUAUUUUUUUGUUGGGACUGGAAGCCAUUUUGAAAAUGUCGCGGGUUUGACGCUAGGCAGAGCGAGAGAGAGAGAGAGGGGUGGGGGGCAGAAAGGGAGGGAGGCGGACAGAGGAGGAGGAGGACAGGAGGACACGAGAAGAGGGUGCUGGAAGGGGGACAUUCAGUCAUUGUUACCAAGUCGAGGAGCGGCGGAGACCCCGUUGUUACACGUGAAUUUUCGGUACAACGUUCAGGCUGAAGUUCACAUCUAUCGGUGGCAGUCGUCGGUAUUUUCUCUGAAGCAUCAUCAUUGCUGGUGGAGGCACGAGACGGAGGAGUGCGAGCGGUCCCAACGCAGCAUCUUAAAGGACCACAGCAUCUCCCAGGCUAUGGAGGUCCCGUGAUGACACACCGCUGCCGCUGACCGGAAUCCCCACGGCGAUGGAGGCAGCCAGCUUCAACCAUGGCUGUGUUGGAUUACGCUGCCCGACCCAGACUGUUUCUCUGUGAGUUGAAGAGGAGGAAUCGACUACUAGCCAGUCCUGGACACUCCUUAAGCCUUGUGAUCUCCCUUUCCUGGUGAAUGACCCAGACGCUAACAGGGCUCAACCCCUCUUCCUAGCCAGCCGUCCUCCUGGGUCUCUCCUACUGUACGGACCAGUCAUGGAUCUCCUGUGGAUGCUGUCCCUGUCCAUGUUGACGGCGUGCGUUGCCAUCCCCAUGGAUGUGGCAGAGGGCAGCCACAGUCUGUUCACCUGCGAGCCCAUAACCCUGCGCAUGUGCCAGGGGCUGCCUUACAACUCCACGUACAUGCCCAACAUACUGAAUCAUUACGACCAGCAAACUGCCGCCCUCGCCAUGGAGCCGUUCCAUCCCAUGGUAAACCUGCAGUGCUCUCCGGAUCUCAGGAUGUUCCUGUGCGCGCUCUACGCCCCGGUGUGUACCGAGUACGGGCGGAUGACUCUGCCCUGCCGCCGCCUCUGUCUGCAGGCCAAGAGCGACUGCUACAAACUAAUGGACAUGUUUGGUGUCAGCUGGCCGCAGGAGAUGGACUGCAACAGAUUCCCAGACUGUGACGAGGCUUACCCCCGUCCCGUGGACCUUCUGUCCAGCUCAGACACAACCGAAUCGCCCAUCGCCAUCCAGCGGGACUACGGCUUCUGGUGUCCCAGAGAACUCAAAAUGGACCCAGAGCUCAGCUACUCCUUUAUGGGGAUCCGCGACUGCUCGCCCCCCUGUCCAAACAUGUACUUCACGCGAGAGGAGCUGACAUUCGCACGCUACUUCAUCGGGGUGGUGUCCAUCGUCUGUCUGUCCGCCACCCUCUUCACCUUCCUGACUUUCCUCAUCGAUGUGUCGCGAUUCCGCUACCCAGAGCGUCCAAUCAUAUUCUAUGCUGUGUGCUACAUGAUGGUGUCUCUAGUGUUCUUCCUGGGAUUUCUCUUGGAGGACAAAGUUUCUUGUAACUCAGCAAAUCCUGGAAGGUUUAGGGCUUCAACAGUGACCCAAGGCUCCCAUAAUAAGGCCUGCACCCUACUCUUCAUGGUGCUGUAUUUCUUCACCAUGGCCGGCAGUGUCUGGUGGGUCAUUCUAACUAUCACCUGGUUCCUGGCUGCUGUUCCCAAGUGGGGCAGUGAGGCAAUAGAGAAGAAGGCCCUCCUCUUCCACGCCUGUGCCUGGGGCAUCCCUGGCGUCCUCACAGUUAGCCUGCUCGCCAUGAACAAGAUCGAGGGCGACAGUGUCAGCGGUGUUUGCUUUGUGGGGCUUUAUAACCUGACAGCCCUGCGCUGGUUCCUGCUGGCCCCGCUGGGGUUGGACGUAGUGGUUGGUGUGGCGCUGCUGCUGGCAGGCAUAGCAGCCCUAAACCGAGUGCGCAUGGAGAUUCCGCUGGAGAAGGAGAACCAGGAGAAACUUGUGAAGUUCAUGAUCCGCAUCGGUGUGUUCUCUGUGCUCUACCUGGUCCCUCUGCUGGCCGUUCUGGCCUGCUACCUUUAUGAGAACAGCUACCGUGCCAUCUGGGAGACCACCUGGGUCCAGGAGAGGUGUCGAGACUAUCACAUCCCCUGCCCCUACCAGGUGGAGCGUACCAGCCGUCCUGACCUGGCUGUGUUCCUGGUGAAGUACGUGAUGAUGCUGGUCGUAGGAAUCCCCUCGGUGUUCUGGGUGGCCAGUAAGAAGACCUGCUUCGAGUGGGCCAGCUUCUUCCACGGCAAGAGACGCAAAGAAGCAUUAACCCCCUCUCCCACCGCCUGCUCCACACACUCCUCCAUUCUCUUCUACCACUCCCUCCACCCCACCACCUUCCCCCUGUCCCUCCCCACCCUCCUGCGUCUCUCCCUGCCCUCCCUUCCUCCACUCCCCCCGUUCUCCUCCCCCUCCUGCUCCCCCCCGUCCCUGCCCUCCUCCCCCCCGUCCUGCAGCCGGAUGGUCAACGAGAGCCGACAGGUGCUCCAGGAGCCCGACUUCGCCCAGCUGCUGCUCAGGGACCCCAACACGCCCAUUGUGAGGAAGUCCCGGGGCACGUCCACCCAGGGGACCUCCACCCACGCCUCAUCCACCCACCUGGCCAUGUUGGACGAGCCGCCCAGCGGCAGCACCAGCCGGGCCGGCUCGGUCCGCAGCGCGCGCUCCAAGAUGAGCAGCUAUCACGGCAGCCUGCACCGCUCGCGGGACGGCAGAUACACGGCGUCCAGUUUCCGGGCCAUAGACGACCGGCUGCCUUACGGAAGCAUGUCUCGCCUCAACGACCAAUCACAGUCCAAACACUGUAGUACCAAUCGCCUGGACAACCUAUCACGGCACGGCUCCACCCAACGACUGGAGAGCCAAUCACGGCACAGCAGCGUCAGGGACCUCACCAGCACCACCCAAGCUGUCCUCGGUAUCCCCGGAAACGGGAUUCACAGAGUCCUGGAGGAGGACGGCGCUACAGCCUGAACAGGAUGGCGGCCACUCUGGAAGAUGUGACUAGACGGGUAGAAGUGAAAGGAGGAACGAUGGCUCAUCUUUCUUUAUAAAGAACGUUAAAGGAGGCAGAGGAGCAAACACUGAGGAAUCUACUCCUGACGACGGUAGCUAGAUCCAGCCAGACUGGCAGGACUGAGAGUGGAUUGAUGCCUUAAAAUGUCCUCUCAGCUCUACUUGACUCACUAGCUGAUCCCAAAAACUAAAGUUCAAAAAUGAUUUUUGUCCAGUUUACAAAACUACGAGGAAUUUUGAGGUCUUGAUGUCAACACUGGAACUUGACGACAAGGACAAGGACUGUUGAACAUACGUUACUGAGCCAGUCAAAAACAAAAUGUGACCAACACUGACAGACUGCACUGGAUAGUUUGGGAUUUGUACUGUUCUGGUUUGUAGAAAUAAGGACCGAAGGGACAUCUAGACGUCUGGUCUUUCUAGCACUCGGAGUGUGGAGCAGGGUUGAUUUGAUUUGAUUUUUCAAAAGGUGCACUGGCUACAUACGAACUACUUCAGCUGACGUCUCCAUUAUUUUUCAUCAUCAAAUAGUAUUCUGGUAACUUAUCCUGCUAAAAAACAUAUUUAUAGAGGCAUUUCUUUUUUUUCUUCAGCCGAUUUUAAACUCCACAUGAAGGUAACAGACAGCACACCAGACUGAGAGGAGCGAGCACUCUUUAGAAAUGCUGUGUAUGACCUCUGAACUUUUCAAAGCUCAUCUCAUUUUAAAAACUGUUUUGUCAAAUUGAGGUACUUCACUGCUUUGGUGUGAUGAUGUAUGUAAUCAUAAGAGGAAAAGGUCUGUCUGCCAGAAUCCAAGGGCUGAUAUCU